CGGAGGGAAUGCGUGAUCACGGUGUCCCGUUUCGAACGAACGAACCCAAAACGGCACCGGGAUGGCAUUUCGGUGGAACGCAGUGACAGUAGUAUCAACAGUAGCAGUAGUAGUAGUAGUAGUAGUAAUAGAAGCAGCAGCAGCAGCAUCCAGCAGAUGGUUAGAUGAUCGUACCAGUCUACCCGUGGAGCGUUUUGUGUGUCGAUGGUGUCCAAGCGUACUAGCUUCUUUCCGGAUGAUGUGACUCGUACCAAUCGAGAUCGCGGUGACGAUGGACAGGAAGGCAAAUUCAACCACGGCCGGUCAUCUCGCUGCCACUCGCUCUAUCGAAUGCAACCGGCACGCCUGGUUAACAAGUAGAACAAAACCGAACGGAAAAAGAAGAGUGAGAGAGCGGCAAAAAAAAAACAAUCUGGAACAUCUCCUCGAGAUCGACGGUCAGUGUUCGCUGGUGAUGCUUGCACACGAGCUUGGUACCGGUUUUGUGUUUACUUUUCCGCGACAUGCCAGCGGGAGCCCGCUCGUGCCCGGCUCGCCAUUGCAUUUUGAUCGAAAUUCGCGCUCCAUCCAAUUCCAACACACCCGCGCUCCUCCGGAUCGUCCCAGCCCGGCGCGGGUAUUUGUUUCCAACUCGGAUGACUGUCCACUACGGUGCCCGCCCCGUCUUCACUCGGUGCACCCAUCUGUCACCGGGCACGCUCGACUAUACAACACCAUACAGCAUCAUCAUCAUCAUCAUCAUCCGAGUGACGCGUGCUUAGCUUGCUAAUGUGACACCGAUGACCCGCGGUCUUGUAGUGGUGUCAUCGCUACGGAUAAACUGACCACUAAUCCGUGUUCCCUAGAUUACGAUGUCUGAAGGCAGACGGGUUCGGCAUCACGGAACCCCGGGGGAACGGAUAGGUAGCAUAACGACUGGCGGUAAAAUCGAAGAUCGGAGCCGGAUUUGAUCAUCGAAAUCGAUACUGUCGGCGGUGUUUGAGUGCAGUUACAAACGACGACGGAACAACGGAACAUCAAUUUCCAUCCGGCCCCCCGCACACCUCGACCCGGGGAGUGGCGGGUGAAGAAGUGAACAUCGUACGGAAACUCAAGUGCAGCAACGUCCCAUCACAAUGAUUCCGGCCCUUCCGUCCCGGAGCCAUCGUGUCCUGCUCGGCGCGAUGGUGAUCCUCGCCGUCGCGAUGCGGCAAGCCACAGCCAGUGCUUCUUUGUCUGGAUACCGGGAACCGUGCACAAACGAGGGCGAAGAGGUUAGCAUCAGCAUGCCGUGCUUCAAGUGCAUCUGCAAGAACGGUUUCGUGGAGUGUGAACAGGAAAGCUGUCCCGCUGUGGACGACUGCUACUUCUACAAAAAGAAAGGUCCGGACGAAUGUUGCGACAAGUGUAUCGGAUGUUUAUACGACGGCCGGCUGAUCGACAGCGGCACCGAGUGGACCGACCCGGAAGAUCCCUGCAUGCACUACAAGUGCGUUUCCGGUGUCGUCACGCGCUCGGAGAUGAAGUGCUACGCGCCGUGCUCGGACCCGAUCCCGCCACGGAAAGGCCAGUGCUGCCCCACGUGUCUCGGCUGUCGACUGAACGGACAGAAGGUGUUCGGCGAGGCGACGCUCAGCGAGGACCCGUGCGUGAAGUGUACCUGCGCCGGCCACAAACUAACCUGCACCAAGAAGUCGUGCCCGGUGCUGCAGUGCCCACUGUCGAAGCAGAUCUGGACGCCGGGCGAAUGCUGCCCGAAGUGUGGUGAGCGGCGCGAGGAGAUCCACCGCGGGUCGCCGAUGUGCAUCAUCGGGAAGGCGGUCCACUUCCCGGGGAAGCCGUACAACGGUGACCAGUGCUCGAACUGUACGUGCCAGAACGGGACGUCGGUGUGCGAGAAGAGCACCUGCCCGAUAUUGGAGUGUGCGGCGGAGGAUCAGCGCCGUGAGCCGGGGGAGUGCUGUCCGUCGUGUCCCAUGCCGGGCGAGUUCCGGAGCACUUGCACCGCGGCUGGAAAAGUCUAUCAGAACAAUGAAACCUGGAGCCUGAACGCGUGCACAUCCUGCGAGUGUAGGGCGGGCGAAGUGCGCUGUGCCAACAUCCAGUGUCCGAAGCAAAAGUGUGGCCCCAAUGAAUCGCUGAAGACCGUCGCCGGCGAGUGUUGUCCACGGUGUGUGGAAAGCCCGGGCGUCUGUACCGUGUUCGGUGAUCCGCACUACAAGACGUUCGAUGGCAACUUCUACAGCUUCCAGGGCUCGUGCAAGUACCAGCUGUCGGCGGACUGCGUCGGGCACACGUUCUCGAUCCGCGUCACGAAUGACGCCCGGCUCACGAAGUACUCCUCCUGGACAAAGACGGUCACGCUCAAGCUGGACGGCGUGAAGGUGAACCUGGGCCACCGGAUGCGCGUGAAGGUGAACGGGACGCGUGUCGAGCCGCCGUACAAGCUGAACCGCACGCUCGAGAUCUACCGCAGCGCGGACGACACGGAGGUGAUCGUCGAGACGGCGCUGGGCGUGAAGCUAAGCUGGGACGGGCUGAACUUCAUCCAGGUGCAGGUGCCGACGGCGUACAAGAGCAAGCUGUGUGGCCUCUGCGGCAACUACAACAGCGUGUUCCGGGACGACCUGUUCACGCGCGGCGGUCUCAACAUGACGCACAACGUGUGGCGCUUCGCCCGCUCCUGGGCGGUCGGCGGUCCGAAGGCGUGCACGCGCCAGCGCCGCAAAGAGCUGGCGGCCCGCAACCCCCAGUGCAAGACGAAGAAGUUCUUCACCUUCUGCAAGCCGCUGCGCACGGCCGAGGUGUUCGGGCGCUGCAACUCGCUGCUCAACCCGGACAACUACUUCGAGUCGUGCAAGUUCGACAUGUGCGAGUGUCCCCAUCGGCAGUGCUACUGCGACAGCAUGGCGGCGUACGCGCACGAGUGCAUCCGGCAGGGCGUCCAGCUGCCCGACUGGCGCACGCUGACCAGUUGCGGCCGCAACGUGACGGCCGGGGCGGCCGCUGCCGCUGUUGCCAUGGCGCAGGCCCAGAAGCAACUACUCGGCCAGAAUGCGCUCAUCGGAGCGGGCGGAAACGGUGUACGGCGGCAUCCGAAGCGGAUACGGCGGCCGAAACUUCUUCCACCGGCCGACGCCCAGGACCUCGCACAGCUGCAGCAGCAGCUUCCACGACAGGGCAAGCAGCAGAAGAAGCCGCAGGAUCAGCAUCACCCGAAGCACCACAAGUUGCUGCUGCAGCAUCAGCUGCUCUACCAGCAGCAGCAGCAGCUGCUCCAGCAACAGAACGCCAUCCCGAAGAGGCCCUUGGGUAGUGGUCGUCGGACACCUCCUCCUCUUCAGCGCUAAGCUCCAGCUAAGCGUGGUCAUCAUCCUCCCCGCCCCGUUUGUGUGUGUGUGACACUGGUUGUCGCACGACGCACCUUCAAACGAUCAUACUCCGGAUGCAGGUGACUUAACACCGGGCACCCUACCUUGAUGCCCCCUCCUCGCUUCC